GGUCAGACUAUUUAUAAUUGAUUGGUUUUGUUUACUUAAAACCAUCCAAUCUAAAACGGCAAAGAAAUAUUUUUUACUCACAAAUCUCUGAUAAUUUUCAACAAUUUAAGCAAUGUGAAGGUUGAAAUUAUAUUUCUAACAAAUUCGCUUUCGAUGAAACAAUUGCACGACUGAAUAACAGCGGCUUCUUUCGUCUUGCAAAAAAGGGGAAACACAUGUCACGUGACCACCUUGACAACGGCAUAAGCAAAACACCUGCUUUGCUAUUCUAAUUCUUCAUCGAUGGCGAAAAGGAAAGCGAACCGAAUGGGUCGCUGAAAAAAUAUGAGGAAAGAGUGAUUCCAUACCAUUUAUAAAACCAGAGUUUUCAUCUAAAGAAGCACACAUCUUGAAGACCAAGAUUCAAAAUGUCACACGUCGAUUCUGGCCCACUGUCGGCCUACAACAGCCUCCAGGACAAGCACCUGAUUGGCUACUUCAACAAUACCCGCAUGCGUCGCCACCUCCGACGCUCGGGCCUCAUCACGCGCGGCGGCGAGAUCGUCACCGAGAACACCUUCCGGCUCAACAUGGCGCGCCGGGAACACCAGAAGCAUGUGCGGGACCUGAUGGCGCAGGCCAUCGUGCACAAGGCGCUGGAUAUGGAGCGUCAUCGGCAGGCGGAAAUCAAGAGGAAACUAGAGGAGAUUGGCAAGGUGGAACUUGUCCAAAGAGUCAGGAGCACAAGAGGACGUAAAGGUGACGAAGACAUCACCCCUUACCUCUCCCCGAGAGCUCCUUCAGGACGUCCCAAGUCUGCCAAGCAAGAACGGCCUCGCUCGGUGGUGUCUGGUCAUCGUCCAUCCACGGCCCCAUCUAAACACACUGGAGCUACCAAGAAAAAGAGUGCAAUAUACGUAGACCAAGACGGUUUUCCCGUUCACCGAGAGCAAGCUUGGGGAGGUUCCGAUGACGGCAUUGAUGAAGUCGACUCUCACAAUCUGCGGGAGCUGGACCCUGAUGUCCUGAACAACAUCACCCUCAACAUGUCGCCCGAGGAGAAGCAGAACAACUCACCUUACAAGGUCGACCUGACCCCACGAGAACCCAGACCCCCUCCUCCCCGUAGCUCCCAGGGCAGUAAGAAGAGCCCCAGGGGCACAUCAAGGACCGUGAUUACGAGAGACGGACGGCGAGUCAGGCCAAAGUCUAACAAGGGUUCACUUUCUUUGCAUCGGAAGGAGCCGGCCUACCCGCAUCCCGCCCAGCAACAGACCCUGUGUGAUGUCACGAUCCGUUACCGUGGCAGUAACCUGAAGCUGCAGUAUGAGCGGCAGGACAAGCGAGAUGAGAUCAUCAUCAACCAGCAGCACUGCGGCGGGGAGAACCUCGUGGUGUUCCACGGACUCGUUGAACCUGGAACUGAUCUCGUCUUCACAUCUCGCCGUCAUCGUGGUUACCCGUUCAGCUUGACGUUCUUCGUCAACUCCAUCCAAGUCCUACGUCUCAGCGCCUGCUGUGAGUACAAGUAUGGCCCGGGGGUCAUGCUGGGAGGUCGCAAGGGACACUUCAAGUUUGGCAGGGUGGAUGGUGGUUCACCUUGUUACAGGUGCAUGGUUGAAGCUGAGCUGGCCCGCAGGGAGCGCCAGCGCUACAAAGACACCCAGACCGAGGAAGCCAAGCCGGAACCAGAACCAGAACCGGUCCUGGAGAGCCAGGGGACGCAGAGCGACCCGCCGCCCCCUGAGACCAGAGACCAGGCAGAGCAAGCAGAAGCCGCUGAUGCCGAGGCAGAAGCCUACGAUGAUGAGGAUUUCGAAGACGAAGAUGACAAACCAGUUUCAGACUCAGAAAAAGAGACUCCAAAGGCAGAAGACAAGCACUCGGAUCAUUUCUUCUCGGGUCCGGAAUCAGACGCCGAGCAGAAGCAGCCUCAGGAGGCCGAUUACGGAGAAGACUCAGACUUUGAGGCAGACUCCAACCACGAGAAACAGGAUGAGGAGAAGGAAUCUGACAAGGAGGUCCAGGAAGAAGCUGAAGAGAUCCUUGAAGGAGAGGGGAAAGUUGAUGAUGCUCCGGCUGAUAUUCCUGAAGAGGAACCUAUCAAAGAUGAAGCAGAUAGAGAUGAAGACAAAGCAGAAGAGGUGCCGGAAGAGCAGGAUGAAAGUCCAUCAGUUCCUGAAGCCUCUCCUCAAAAAGAUGACGACCAUCAAAGCUCAAGACACGAUGACAGUGAUUCUAGCAGCGACAGUGAAGGACACAACAGAGUCCUAUCUUCAUCGUCAAGUUCAUCAAGCUCCUCUGAAGAUGAAGAUGACAGAAAGGAGACAAGGAAUGUCCAAACAGCUCAUGCCUCGAGCUCUGAAUUCUCUUCUGAAGAUGAAGAUAACGCAGAGAAGAAGCGAGAGGAUAAGACGAAGGAAGACCCCAAGCCUGAAGAACCAACAAGAGAUGAUAAGAUUGCUUCUGAUACUGAGAAGAGAGAUGACACCAAGGAAGUUGAUGACCUUCGUGGUCAGGAGGAAGAACGCCCACUCUCUCCAAAAACUCUCCAAGAGGUCAAAGGAGAAGUGGACAACAAAGAUGAGGACAAACCUGAGGAAGAAGAUGAAGAAAAAGAAGACAAAUCAUUUUUCGGGAAAUUGGCAGAUAAAGUCAAAGGUGCAUUUACAUCUUCAGAUUCAAGUUCCUCAGAAUCUGGCUCGGAUGAUAGUAAAGAGAGGAAGAAAAAGAGAACAAAGCGAAAACCAAAGAGCCGCUCUUCAUCAGAUGAAGAGAAAAACAAGAAAUCUGAGAGUGACAGCGACCCAGAGAAAAAGAAAUCAUUCCUUGAGAAACUGAAGGACAAAUUCACCUCAUCUGAUUCUGACUCUGACUCAGACGAGGAGAAGAAAAAGAGGAAGAAGAAAGAUAAAACAAUAUCCGAAAGCAGAGAUGAUGCAGAUGAAGGGACAUCCCAGAAAGACCCAGAGCCAAAAGAGACGACAGAACGGCAACCUCGGAAUGUAGAAGAUGCCAAGUCAUCAAGAGAUGAUGAAGAGGAAAAGCAAAGUCAAGUUAAUGAAGACAAGAAAGAACCUGAAAUUUCACCUUCACAUGAUGAUGAGAUGGGAGAGGAUACGACAAAGCAAGAGACCGCGCCUGAAGAGCCAAUUCAAGAUGACAAGAUCACCUCUGAUGCUGAGAAGAAGGAUGAAACCAAGGAAAACCAGGAGAAACGACCGCAGUCUCCAAAAGCAUCUGAGGAGGGUGUUCCAGAGACAGCUGGUGACGAGCAACAGGAAGACAAUAACUCAGACAAAGACAUUACCCCGAAAGAAGCAGAGGGAGACACAGACAAACCAUCCUCCCAAGAUCAGGAACAUGAUGAACAGAAGAAAGAUGAGGUCAGAGGAGAAGUAGAAAACAAAGUUGAGGACAAACCUGCGGAAGAAGAUGAAGAAAAAGAAGACAAAUCAUUUUUUGGGAAAUUGGCAGAUAAAGUCAAAGAUGCAUUUACAUCUUCAGAUUCAAGCUCCUCAGAAUCUGGCUCGGAUGAUAGUAAAGAGAAGAAGAAGGAAAAGAGAAAGAAGCGAAAACCAAAGAGCAGAUCUUCAUCAGAUGAAGAGAAAAACAAGAAAAGUGAAAGUGACAGUGACCCAGAGAAAAAGAAAUCAUUCUUUGAGAAAUUGAAAGACAAAUUCACCUCAUCUGAUUCUGACUCCGACUCGGACAAGGAGAAGAAAGACAAAACAAAAUCUGAAAGCAGAGAUGAUGCAGAUGAAGGAACAUUUCAGAAAGACCCAGAGCCGGAAGAGACGAAAGAACUGCAACCUCUAAAAGAAGAACCUGCAGUGUCAUCAAGAAAUGAUCAAGAGCAAAAGCAAAGUCAAGAUAAUGAAGACAAGAAAGAACCCCAGACUUCACCUGAAGAGGAAAAGAAGGAAGAAAAAGGAUGGAUUGAAAACCAGGAGAAGGGAAUUAAAGGCUUCUUUGGAUCAUCUGAUUCUGAAGGUGAAGACAAGCAGAAAAAGGAGGAUGUGAAUAAGUCAGAUGAAGAGGGAUCAACAAAAAAAGGUGAAGAGUCUGGAGACGAAGCAGCACCUAAAGAAAUAAAGGAAGAAGGCAUCACUAAGCAGCAAGAGAAGCCAAGUUCUUCAGAACCUGAAAAAGAGGAGAAAGAUGAAAUGCCUCCAGCCGACAAGGUGGAAGUCAAACAUAAUGACAUGUUUGGACCACCGGACUCUGAUUCUGAAGAUGACAAAUCGGAAAUGCAGAAAGAUGAGGUCAUAAAAGCUGAGAUUGAUACAGAGACCGGAGCUGUUCCUGAGACCCAAGAAGAGAAACCAGAAUCCUUAGAACCUCAUGAGGAUCCAGAGAUGCAGUCUGAAAAAGAGGAUGGCAAGGAGAAAGAUGACUCUGCCUCCCUGGAUAAAGACUCUGAACAGGUGGAUAAAGGUGAGGAUGCCUCCAAGAUCGAAGACGAUGUCUCACAAAACGCUGAAGAUGAAGAACAGGUAGAAAAGACAGAUGAAGCAGAGAAGAUACCAUCUGAAAAAGAGGAUGGUGGGGAACAGAAUAACUCUGCCCCUGUUGGUAAAGACUUGGCACAAGGAGAUCAUGGCGAGGAAGCCUCUCAGGUCAAAGACGAUGUCUCGGAAAAAGCUGAAGAUGAUGAAAUGGAGGACAAAAAAGAUGACGCUGAGAAGCCCAAUGAAGCUAAAGAUGAGGAUGACGGGAAUAAAGAGACCGGGGAAAGAGGUAGCCUCAAGGAGGACAAACAGGAUGAAGGAAGUUUGUCAUCCCGGUCAUCUGCCUCAGACUCUGGUUCCAUCGCUGCUGGGCUUGACAAAGAUUUCAGGGUCCUAAAUCUCAACGCCAAAAGUCUUGACGAGAGUAAAGCAGCAAGACUGGUGAAGGCACUCAAGCAUCGCAAGUACCGUAACCUGGAGUAUCUGCUGUUACGUGAUAAUCCCCUGACUGAUUCAGGCAUAGCCACCGUCAUCCGAUCGCUUAUUGAGAACCACACCGCCACGACCAGCGCGGACAGCGCCCUCAAGCUGACGCAUUUCGAUCUGGGCAACACCGGCAUGGGCGACGAGGCGGCCACCGAGCUUGCCAGGCUCCUGGCGCUAGACACGCCUCUCUGUAACCUCAACAUCAGCGAGAACACGCUAUCGGCGGCUGCGUGGGAGACUAUCGUCCAGGGGUUAAAGGUCAACAAGUCCCUGGUGACCUUAAGCGCAGAGUACGCUCACCUGAGCGACACCAGCUGUGUGAUGAUGACAGACGCGGUGAUGGACCACGAGAGACUCGAGGAGCUAAACAUCGAGGGGAACAGUCUGGGGGAGAGGGCCGGUAAGGCCCUGGCUCAGCUGGUCAAAGAUAACAGCGUCAUCGUCACGAUCAACUUGGAGAGGGAUAAUUCAAUCCCGUUGAACAUUCAGACGGAAGUAAAGGAGAUAUUGGAAACGGGAUCAUAUGUGCCUUAGGUGAAAUGAUUAGUUUGAAGCAUAUUUAGGUG